GUGUUCACGAGUUCACGACUGCGAAUUGUGCAAUGCCCUUGUGCCGCCCCGAAGAGUGGAGGCGGGUGAUUUGGGACGCGCCGCUGCCUUCGGUGUUGUUUAUGUGACGGAAUGUAGGAGCCCCUGUCACAGAAAUGUGGCGCUCGGUGACGGAGGCGUGCCGCGGCCUCGCGCUUUACGCGUGCCUCGUCGUGUCGCUGUGGUCGGCGCGCGCGCUGUGCGCGGACUACGGCGCGGAGAAGGAGGAGUGGUACACGGCGUUCGUCAGCGUCACGUACGCGGACCCGUUGACGGGCGAGCCGCGCUCCGAGCGGAGCGAGUGCGGCCACUACGGCGAGCACUCCCCGAAGCGCGACGCCCACGGCCUGCUCGCCACAGCGGCGACGACGCGCGAGCGGCACGCCUGCGACCCCAACACGCGCUUCGUCGUCCCCGAGCGAGCCACCGCGUGGAUUGCCCUGGUCACGCGCGGAAACUGCUCGUACCGCGACAAGAUCCGUCACGCGUCCGGACAGAACGCCUCCGCCGUCGUCAUCUUCAACGUAGGGUCCUCCAACGCCAACGAGACCAUCACCAUGACACAUCCGGAUACAGGUGAUGUGGUAGCGAUUAUGAUCCCUGAGCACCGAGGGCGUGAGCUGGUGCUGUUGUUGGAAAGGAACGUGACGGUGACGAUGCACAUCACCAUCGGGACACGGAACCUGCAGAAGCACGUGAGCCGCACCUCCGUUGUCUUCGCCUCCAUCUCUUUCAUCGUCCUCAUGAUCAUCUCACUGGCCUGGCUCGUCUUCUACUACAUCCAGAGGUUCAGAUACGCCACCGCCCGAGACCGCAACCAGAGGCGACUCGGUGAUGCGGCUAAAAAGGCCAUCAAUCAGCUCCAAGUACGGACCAUCAGGAAGGGAGACCAGGAGACGGAGUCGGACUUUGAUAACUGCGCUGUGUGUAUUGAAGGUUACAAGCCUAACGAUGUUGUACGAAUUCUUCCCUGCAGGCACGUCUUUCAUAAAGGGUGUGUGGAUCCAUGGUUGGUGGACCAUCGCACGUGUCCUAUGUGUAAAAUGAACAUCCUGAAAGCGCUCGGACUCACGUCAAGUGCAGAAUGUUUGGAGGACCUCCCUCUGGACUACGACUUGGCCGUCGGGGGCGUGGCCUUGAACGCCAUGGUGAUGAACGAUGACCUCCUCGGGGGUGACAUCUCAGGUGGGCGUGACCUCGGGGUCAGGUUGGUGGGGCUCCCUCAGGUCCUCCUGGACUCCGAGCCCAUCACAGAGGACACGAUGCUGACGGAGCAGAGUGAACUCCAGCCGAUCGCCAGCAGCGGAUCGGAAUCUUCGCUCGCCACAGGGGCGGGACAAUACGAUACGGACACGCCCACAGAUAGCGCGAAAUGCCAAUCGGGCAGCAGCCUGUGCCAUUUCAGCAACGGGUGCACGGACUGAGUCGUCUCCAUGGCGACGAGUGGCGCUGACUGGGCUUCCAGGGGAAUCUCCGAGCCGAUGACAUCAUUCUGUGACAUCACUGCCUGCUGCGUUCCUACCCUUUACUUUCUCUGUGUGUCUGCUGUUGGAGGAGACGAACCACUUCCUGUCUCUGUGUGUGCGGAACGUUACUCUGGAGUGGCGUGUAUUUUCCGGAUUAUAAAACACGCUUCGGAGCGAGAAAAAAAAAGAUUUAAUAUAAUUAUAAAAAGCUUUAUCUAACUUCAGCUACUGAUAUUUAUUGUUUUAGCGGAAAAUGUAAAAGUCACCACGGUAUUGUUGUUCUUACGCAGUACGCCAUCUUGAGUCCAGCCAGGCUUUUGCGGCCAAUACGAAACUUCGAAGCUCCAUGAGCAAACCCUUGCUGAUCACCAGCUAUCUCAAAGCUACGUAUUUAUCAAUUAUCUAAUGCACACUAAUACUUUCCCCCCAAACAAACUCAAGCUAGCUUUUAUAUUUCUGUACUCCUUCUCUCAGGUGCACGUGUCAGGACCCUCCUCUGAGAAGCUCAGCUGUCAGCUUAACACACUGAAUAUAUGGUGAGAGCCCAGCGCAGUUAGCUUAGCUGUCAAAACCAACAGCGGUAACGUAACCAAACAGAGGGCAGUCUUUUACUGGAUGGUGAAAGGUGAAAGGUCAAAGGUCUUCCCUUUUUUCUUCAUCUCUUCCACAUAUUUCUGCUUAUAAACCAAUAUUUAGCAUAAUUCUAGCCUUACACACAUUGGCAACAUAGAGACUGUUACUAUUUGCUGAUGCUACGCUAGCUGUGCUGUGCUGUAGGUCACGUGACAUGUGCGGAAACAUUACUGAGGAAUUUUAUUUCAAAUUAGUUGUAGUUGUUAAAACGGUUUAUAAUUCAGGUUUCGCUUAUUUUUAUAGUCCGGAAAAUACGCUGCACCGCAGACAGUCGGCUUUCGCUGCCUUCGAGUCCUCUUCGGAAGUGCACGUUCCUCACGUUUGAAGUCGUGAUGACGUCAAAUUCGUACAGGAAAAACGUGAUUAUAAGUCAGAGGGAAAUGGGCGUGUCUUUAUCAUGUACACGCCUUCAUUCUAAUACCAGCCGAUCGCUCGAUCUUGCUGUAGGAGGCGUGGCCUCGCAUUCGUUUAUUAGCAGGCCACGUGACUCGUUACGUCUGUACGCUGUAUCUGUGUUAGGAUCUCGUCACUUUGCUUUAUUGUUCUGAACCAGACGUGAUCCAGUUAUAAUUGUUACCCCAUGAAAAAUAAUCCCGUCCCAAUAAGGCUACAGCUAUCAAUACGUCCAGGACACGCCCACAAUUCAUCAAACCCUUUUUUUUUUUUUUUUUCUCCCUUCAUGGAUAAAAAAAUUCGACACCAAACUCGUAAUUCCGACAUUCCCGUCAGAACCUGAAGGCCGCACUCGUUCUGCUCGACAAUCAGCUCGUCUGUCGACGGUUACGUGAAAUUCUCUUCCAUUCCACCUUCUCCCCCGAAACCCAGCGGAUCGACGCGGAGGGGAGAGAAAACUCCCCCGGACAUUUUAAAGAAAAGAAAAAAAAUAGCAGUGUUUUAUUUUUCUAUAGAAGUGUAUUUGAAAUGUGGAUGAGUGCAGUGUUUCUCGGGACGCUCCGGGAGAAAUGGCCUUUGUACUAAAAACAAACAAACAAACAAACAAACAAAAUGGCAAAUUCGUGACUGUUGAUUUCUUUGCUCGUGUGAGAAGUAACUCAAAUAUUUUCCCCCCGAAAGUGCUCUUGACCUCGUGGACCACAGCAUUUCAUACGCCCUGAGCAUGACCGCAAGCAUUUGCACACGUGUUUGUAUGUGAGUGGAUUCUAUAGAAUCUUUGCAUCUUAUGCCUUCGCACGAUCAUUUUAUUGUGUAUUGUAAAUAGACACGUUUUUGUUGAA